AAAGCUUGCAGCUGAUAUAAGGCCGUGGUUCGUUCCGGAGAAAAGUGGAUUUGGCCACUCCACGGAGGGCGGAUUUUAAGAGCAGAGCAAGCGAUCCUUUAACUAUGAAUUGUACAUAUUUUAGAAGUAGAGUAUUUAAUUUAUCUAGAAAAUGAGAGCUUUGGGCUUUUUCCAGUGGGAACUCGGCGCUGUAAUGCUGACCAGCUCGCUUUCGACUGAAGAAACAAUACAGGCCUAGCUAGCGGAGGCUAAUCGGAUAACUGGCCGACCAGUGGGAUUUAAACCGUGGACGGAGCUGUGAUUUAAAGCUGUUGGGGCGACAUUAAACACUCUGUUCACAAGCCAUAUCACUAACACCAAGGAAGAAAUUGGCUGACGAAUAACAUUCUGGCAAUGAGUUCACAGCUGCAAGUCUUCUCUCCCCCUUCAAUCUCCUCCAGUGCCUUUUGCCGAGUUAAGAAGCUCAAGGUGGAGAGCAAUGUUUGGGACGUUUCCACCACUGAAGCCUAUGGUUCCAUAGCAGGCCAGUCGGCGUACGCAUUCACCCCAGCCAUGGCCGUGCCUCCGUUUGCGCCAUCGCUCGUCUUCCCUCCUGCUGCUACGGGCUCCAGGGGCCAGGUGGUGGUGCGAGCCGCUGAUAGCACAGGUAGUCUUCCUCGCGGGUCCAGUCGACGCGUCCCUGAGCAGGCGACCUCUUCUUCAUACAAUCACGAGAGAUCGUCAGAAGUUAGGAGCCAAAGGCACGGCCAGAAGAGAAAGAUAGAGGAGGUCAGCGAGGGCAGCGGGAGCGGGUGUGGCAGCGUUCAAAUCCUGGAGGAGCUCUCGGCUCCCGCAGCGACCUACUCCACCCGCACAGGCGGAGGGGGGGGAGGCGGCACGGGCCAGUCUAUACCUCACUCGGCUCCGACCACCAAGAGCAGCAGCUCCAACGGCGAGGGGGAUUAUCAGCUCGUUCAGCAUGAGAUCCUCUGCUCCAUGUCCUCCAGCUAUGAAGUCCUAGAGUUCCUGGGACGAGGCACAUUCGGGCAAGUGGCCAAGUGUUGGAAAAGGGGCACCAAUGAGAUCGUGGCAAUCAAGAUUCUGAAAAACCAUCCUUCAUAUGCUCGUCAGGGACAAAUCGAGGUGGGCAUUCUGAAUCGGCUGAGUGCAGAGAACGCAGACGAGUACAAUUUUGUGCGCUCGUAUGAAUGCUUCCAACACAAGGGCCACACCUGCUUGGUGUUUGAGAUGCUGGAGCAGAACCUGUAUGACUUUCUCAAGCACAGCAAGUUCAGCCCGCUCCCCUUACGACACAUCAGACCCAUCCUGCAGCAGGUGGCCACAGCACUGAUGAAACUGAAGAGUUUAGGAUUGAUCCAUGCAGACCUGAAACCUGAAAACAUCAUGCUGGUCGACCCGAUCAGGCAGCCGUACCGGGUGAAGGUUAUAGACUUCGGCUCUGCGAGUCAUGUGUCGAAAGCUGUGUGCUCAACCUACUUACAGUCUCGCUACUACAGGGCUCCAGAGAUCAUUUUGGGCCUGCCGUUCUGUGAGGCCAUCGACAUGUGGUCGUUGGGUUGUGUGAUUGCUGAGCUGUUUUUAGGCUGGCCUCUUUACCCUGGAGCUUCCGAGUAUGACCAGAUCCGAUACAUUUCUCAGACUCAAGGCCUCCCAGCUGAAUACCUCCUGAGCGCCGGCACAAAGACCAGCCGCUUCUUCAACCGAGGCCCAGACUCCAGCUACCCGCUCUGGCGGCUUAAGACACCAGCAGAGCAUGAAAUGGAGAUGGGUAUCAAAUCGAAGGAGGCCAGGAAGUACAUCUUCAACUGUCUAGAUGACAUGAUGCAGGUCAACCUAUCAUCUCAUUUGGAGGGGACGGACAUGCUGGCUGAGAAAGCUGACAGAAGAGAGUUCAUAGAUCUCUUAAAACGGAUGCUUCGUCUUGAUGCUGACAAAAGAAUCACUCCCACAAAAACGCUGGGUCACCCUUUUGUCACGAUGAGUCACCUAAUAAAUUAUCCGCACAGCUCACAUGUCAAGUCAUGCUUCCAAAAUAUGGAGAUCUGCAAGCGUCGGAGCACGUACGACAGUAGCAAGUCUCUGUACUCCACCAAUGCUGUUCCCAGUGCUGCCGCAGGAAACCUCACUGUUACCUUCAGUAGCCAGCUUAACCAGCAUAACCAGGUGCCUUCUGCAGGGGGUGCGGUGCCUUUGCUGAACUACCAGCCAGCUCUUUACCAACAGGCCACUAUCAACAUUCCUGGUUUGGCUCAACAAAGCGUCCCACUUCCAGCCCGUCCUGCUGGGCUGUGUAGCCAGACAGAACCGUUCCAGCAGACCCUUAUUGUGUGUCCACCCUCUACUAUUCAAGGGCUACAACCAUCGAGUAAGAGCUCCAGCUUCCCUGUCAGGGUGGAGAACUCUGUACCGAUAGUACCUCAGAACCAGACUGCUCAGUCACUGCAGAUCCAACCAAGUAUGCUCACCCAGGGUUCCUGCACACCCCUGAUGGUGGCCACCUUGCACCCACCCCCAGCAGGCAUAGCCCCUCAGUAUUCCCUUCCCCUGGGGCUGGGCCCUGGAGUGGGUCGGCCCGCCCUCCUGGAGCACACGGCCACUGUGCUGCAGGCCUGGCCAACUGGCACCCAACAAAUCCUCAUCCCCUCGUCAUGGCAGCAGGUCCCAGGUGUGGCCAUCCAUGGCUCCGCCCACCAGGCGAACGUCACAGCAUCUCCCCUGGAAGCCAUUCACUCGGGCGCUGCUGUGCAGACGGGACAAAGCUGGCGAAACGGAUCUCAAGCCAGAACGCAGCAAGAGAGAAAGAAAGGAAAAGCCCGGUGUGGGGAGAACAGAAACAGGGGUGUAUCCACCACAUCUAUACUCAGCAGCGGCGUGACCCCGCCCACUUCCUCUGUGGCCUUGUCCCAGCCCAUCGUCAUCUCGGACACCCCCAGCCCAGCGGUCAGCAUCAUCACCAUUCACAGCGACACAGACACAGAAGAUGAGCGCAAGUUCCAUCCGGCCAGCGUUGGACUGAGCCGAACCGAGCGCACCAAUGUGAUCAGCUGCGUCACGGUGCAUGACUCUGACUCGUCCACCACCAGCCCGCUGACCCCGCUGCCUCGCAGUCUGAACGCCGCCGGCCCCCUGCCGUCCCGGCAGGCCAAGUCCCUGGCAGUGGUGGCUCCUUCGGUCAAGAGCCAGACCUCUGAGAGGGCGGCGGCUUCACACGGCCGCGUGGAGACUGGUACUUACAUGAAGCCGAAAAGAUCAUCCAACCGGCAGCCCUGCAGCUCAGGGGAAAGCCGGGAUCAAGCUGCGCUGCUCCCAAGCCAGUCCCACCCUUUGAACCUCAGCCAGGUUCAGUCGGUGGUUUCUUCGUCUCAGGAGCGUUCGUUGGUCUCCCACGGCGACUCCUCUCUACACCGCCAGCCGACGUUCCCUCCGACUGUUCCCGCCUCUCACUACAGCUUCCCAGAGGUGUCGGCCCUGGCCCCGGGCUCGGCCGCCGCCGCCGCCGCAGCAGCAGCGGCCGGCCUGUACACCUACCCAGCUUCCACGGCGCUCUCCUCGGCUUCCCAGGCCAUGGAGCAGCUGCUCAGCCGGGGCCACGGCAGCCACGGACACUCUCCCUCUGCCUAUGCAGCAACGUACGCCUCAUCUUCGUCAUCCUCCAGGAGGGACUCGGCCGGUCGAAAGGAGUCGGUCAGCAACCUGCUGCACAGCCUGCCCGCCGCCUACCAGCACCAGUUCGCGGCCGGUUCGCCCUACGUCAGCGUGACGCCCCGAGCCGAGGCGUACAGCGCCUACCAGCUGAGCCCCAGGCGCCUGACACAGUACCCCUACCUAUAGGGAACCAAUGCAAUUAUAAAAAAAAAAAAAAGUAGAGAUGAUCUACUGCCCCACUCGCAUACUAUCACAAAGGGACACUGAAACUUAAGAAUUACUGUCUGUCACUUAAUUGUUUGCUGCUUUUAACCACAAGAAAGCAUUUCAGCCCUAGCUAUCUAUAUGCUCUUUUGGACUAUUUUAGUGUAUUUGAAAUGACUUUUGGUAUUAUUUGUAAUGUAUCUUAAUACUUUCCCCCUUAUGGCUCAUAUUUUAUCCCCAUCCUAGUCGAUCCAGUUCUAAGACGUUGUGUUAAAUCUGUUUAUUUUGAGGUUUUGUUGUAAAGAGAGAUCGUCCUCCUGUCACUAGCAGCAGAAAUGCUCAAAAACAAGUCCUCAGUUUCUCAUGAGCCUUAAGUUUCCACACUAAUCCAUUGAAGCCCUGUAUUUAUUUAGCAAACAUAAAUACUGUAACUCCCUGCCCCCGCCCUUCCCAUGUUUGUUUACUCAUGUCGUUUUACUGUUUUGUUUUUUUUUUAAAUUAUGAUGUUUAUGGAAGAGGAAGCUCCGCCAAGAUGUUCAGAGAAGAGUUGCGGCGAAAACUGUGAUGGCUAUGUUUUUAAUUUAAAUCGUGGUUGUUGUGUUUCUGUAGUGACGGCGUAUCGGACGGAUCGAUCAUGUUUGUAUGCAAUAGAGAACUUUAAAACAGAGUGCUGAAUGUACUGCUAAAGUUCAGAGCGUGAUCUCCUUCCCGAAGCGAUCAUGUGAAAAGCGCUUUUUUAAAAAUUUUUUUUAGAUUCUUGGAAGUGGGGGGCGGGGGGUAAAUAAAAUAAACCCCUCCCCCUUGCUUCAUGUCUACUGGAAAGAAAAAUGUAUGUGUUCAUGUGAAUCCAGACUUUUAGGACCUACUAUUACUAAAACUGAUUUAAGGCCAGUUGUUUUCUUGCCUGAAAGCUGUAACAAACUACCCCCCUGUUCUGCACAAAGACGUAUUUAUGUAACUGUAUGUUGGGAAGACGCUGUCCCAGCUGUCUGAGGCAAAUUUUCCUAUUGUCUGUUUUCAGGCCAAACGGGGGGGGGGAGUAGAUCUGUCGACACACGCAGGCGGCGAAACCGUCAACCACUGUGUUCAGACAUGCAGCUGCGAAACGGCUUCUCCUGCCAGCAUCGUCGUCUUUAAGGCGCUGAUCUCUGGGUGGUUUGCGGGCUUUUAGGUUAAACCCUCCCGCUUUCGUUGUGUUUUCUUUUCGUUUGUUUGUUUUGUUUUUGUUUUCCAUCAUCGGUUCUGUGUUGUAAUGUCUUGAGUAUUUAACUGUAUUUCAUCCUAACAUAGUGUAGUUAAAGAGGAUGUUUGGUAGAGCUAAUUCAGGGAAAAAGGGGUUCAAAUAAUCCACUUUCACUGUUUCCAAUAAAAUAACCACAAUCUUUAUUC